AUGCCUCUUCACACCUCCUAUCAUGAUGGGGACUCCGAUGCAGACGACGAAUAUGAACGCAGCAUAAUACCAUCACCCCAUCUUCAAACGGACUCCGAAGCUUCUCCCAUUGACUCCGAUAUUCCUUCCACCGAACACACACCCACCAAAUUUGGCUAUCCAAGUGACGAUCCACGUACGCCUCGUACAAUCAUCUCAGAAUGGACAGCAAAUGAAUGCAUAGAGUUCCUGACCUCGCAUGGAUUACUUCAAUACUGCGAAACAUUUCGAGAAAAUGGAAUUGUUGGAGAGGCACUCAUUGCGCUGAGACAUGAUGAAUUGAAAGAAAUGGGCAUCAACAGCGUAGGUCACCGAUUGACCAUUCUAAAAAGCGUCUAUGAGAUCAAAGUCAGACAAAACGUUCCACUUGAUGUGGAUCACUAUAUACCUCUCUCGGCGGACCAAAGCAUGAAUGAGAAUGCCACCCAGGAUGAUAUCGCUCGUUUGAUCCAGUCUAUUCAGAUUCGAGAUCAAAAGAUUUACUCGGUCGAAACAGAGCUGCGACGGCUUGCGGACGAUUACCGGCGGCUACGAGAGGAGAUCUUACCUAUGAUUAAACUGGCCAAAGACCGAUCCCAGCCUCUACCUCCUCCCUCGGGAAUAGGCUCUACAUCGGACAACCAUCAUGAUAGCUCAACCCUUGUAUCAAAUUCCUCCUUCACCCUCACGGAUAAUUCUUCCUCCUCGAAACUGGCUCGAGCCUUUUCGAAACGCGCCUAUGGUGGUAAUACUCCGAAGACCAGCUCCCCAACACAUAUCCCGCCUUCUAUCUAUGAAGGUAGAAACUACCAUGACGGUGGGAACUUCGACCCAUCCUCCGCCUCAAUGGGGGGUUCCUCUCACUUGACCGCUUCAAUGAAUAGCGGUUUACAUCCCUCUCCAGGUGCCCCAUCACCGACCUCCCCGAACGCGCACACCACCCAACAUCAAACUCUCAACCCGCGAUCUUACACCCAGCCUGGCUCUAUUGCCAGUCGCUCUAUAUAUGAUCACCCUGAAGACACUCCUCGAGCACCCUCUCGAUCAGACCGACUCACACCUAGCCAACCGCUUAGCGCCCGAACGGAAACACCGUCAUCCGCAUCGCGAAUAGAAUCUCGCUCAAACUCCAGUGCCGGUGCAGGUGCCGGUGCGGGCCCAGCCAGUGUGGAAAUAUUCAAGUCAUUCCGAGUUUCUUGGGAAGAUCCUUGCUAUAAAGUUCUCCCUGCUGCACUGAGAAAAUACAACAUCCAUCACGAUCCGAAAGAUUACGCACUAUAUAUUGUCUACGGUGAUCAGGAGCGAUGUUUGGGUCUGGAGGAGAAGCCACUUUUGCUCUUUAAGCAACUGGAAAGAGAAGGACGAAAGCCGAUGUUCAUGUUACGGAAAAUCCACCCUGACAAUCCUUAUGCAGUCAACCCCGGUUCGGCUCCCUCGAGUGCUGGAUUCGAAAAUAACGGAAGACCGAGCCAGAUCAAUUUACCGGGCGGUGUUUUAUAA